UAGUUAUUUUUUAUUUUUUUUCCGUUCUCUUCACCUUUAAUAUUUGAUCUUUCUGAAGAUAAAACUUCUGGGAAUGUACUUCUGAGCCCCAAGAUUUCCUGCACGGCCCCAACCGAGCAGGGUCGAGGACAGAUUAGAGGGGAAAGAAGCCGUCGUCUAGCCAGGAGUCGCUCCUAAGCAUCGCCUUACGUCUUAUCCGGUGCAUGAACGCAUCGGUGCACAAGAGAGCAGUCGCAGUUUACCUUCAACAGCCAUAGCCAUGGCAAUGUGCUCCACCUUCUGCCCUCGCAUUCCCCACUACUCCUUCCUCGGAGCAACACCGGCCAUCCGUUCGAUCUCGCCAUCGUCGCCGUUUCGGCUCUCUGUUAGGGCUCUAUCUUCCCCAGCACAAUCUUCGAGUUCCUCCUCGUCCCCUGCGAAGGAAAUACCAGGACGAAUAGGGUUCUUGGGUCUUGGAAUCAUGGGAACGCCAAUGGCACAUAAUCUCAUCAAGGCUGGAUGCGAUGUGACCGUCUGGAACAGAACCAAGAGCAAAUGUGAUCCUCUCAUAAGCUUGGGUGCACAAUAUAAAUCCUCUCCUGAAGAAGUUGCUGCAACUUGUGAUGUCACGUUUGCCAUGCUCGCUGAUCCUGAAAGUGCAGUUGAUGUUGCAUGUGGGAAGCAUGGAGCUGCUAACGGAAUGAGUUCAGGAAAAGGAUAUGUGGAUGUUUCGACAGUUGAUGGGGCCACUUCUAAGUUUAUUAGUGGUCGUAUCCAGGGCACUGGAGCACUAUUUUUGGAGGCUCCUGUUUCAGGCUCCAAAAAGCCUGCCGAAGAUGGGCAAUUGAUCUUUCUCACGGCAGGUGACAAAGCUCUAUAUGAGAUGGUUGCUCCAUUUCUUGACAUCAUGGGAAAGUCAAAAUUUUACCUUGGCGAUGUUGGAAAUGGAGCUGCUAUGAAACUUGUUGUCAACAUGAUCAUGGGAAGCAUGAUGGCAUCAUUUUCUGAAGGAUUACUCCUUAGCGAGAAAGUAGGGUUGGAUCCUAAUAUACUUGUAGAGGUGGUGUCACAGGGAGCCAUUAGUGCACCUAUGUACUCAGUCAAAGGUCCUUCGAUGGUCCGAUCCCAGUAUCCCGCGGCGUUUCCUUUGAAGCAUCAGCAGAAGGAUCUGAGGCUUGCUCUGGGGUUAGCAGAAUCUGUUUCCCAAUCCACGCCCAUUGCAGCAGCGGCAAAUGAAAUGUACAAAGUAGCAAAGUCUCACGGUCUGAGUGACCAGGACUUUUCAGCAGUCAUUGAAGCACUUAAAGCGAAACAAUGAGAUACGUCUGCGUCUUCUUAGCUGAUACGGAGAACUUUCCUUCGAUGCCCUGGGUCAUACGGUAAGUUGGCAACAUCUCCUGCUGUGUUCGUUAGAUUUUUCUUCCUCCAUGGAAGACAAAUGCAGCUUUGUGCAUGUCUUAUCAAUAUGAUUUGUAACAAGUUCAGAUCUUUGAUUUGGCAUCUGAAUGGUUGUGUGGUUACAUCUGCCAUUAGUUUAACAUUGGCAAAAUAAAAUGAAGAAGGGUUUGCAAUAUAAUUGAAUUUGUGUGCCUCUAUGUACAGUAUUGAUCUUAUAGUCUCCUUUAAACCGUGUUAUCCAUUGAUGUCAUGGACAAAAGACUGUUCAUCAUCUGCCUAUCAGAGAAUGUUUGGUUAGGUAAAGCGCGAAGUGCAAUUGCUUCUGCAUGAUUGACUUUACAGUAACAAGUGCCAAUUUUUGUCUCAGUGAAAAAUAGACAAUUCUCUUACUGUCUCCCAACAAAUUAAUGUGAUGGGAUCUGGAUGAAAGAGGAAUAGGUUUGUAGCAACAAUAGAUGGUCAAAUCCGUGCUUUUCUUUCGCAUUUUUCCCCCUUGCUUUUUUCCUAGUGUUGAUGACAAGCGCUUAUAAUUGUUGAAGUUGCAUUCACCAGCAUGUUCUGUUGUCUUCUGUAAACAAGCCUCUUUUUGGUCGCGUGAGAUAUAUUUCUUAGCGCUUUUCGGGUUUUACCUGCAAACCAUAUAUCUUUCAACAUAUGCCAAUUUCCUCCACAGUCAAAUCACAAUGCUUGUCUAAAUAAGAGGGCAGAUAACCUUCUGCUAUAAGUUUAGGGAACAUUUGAAAUCUCUGAUUAUUCUUGUUUCAGUAGUAACCAUCGUUUCUAAUUUGUUAUUUGAUAACUGAACAAGCAAACAAUUUUAUUUCCCUCACUUCUUCCUUCAACCAUA